ACCCCCCCCCCCCCCCCCCCAACAAACCAACACAACACACCACACCCCCACCCCACCGCCAACACACCCCCCCACCCCACCCCACCACCACCCCCACCCCCACCCCAACCACCCCCCCCCCCACCCACCCCCCCCCCCCCCCACCCCCCCCCCACACACCCACCCCCCCAAAAACCCCCCACAACCCCACCACCCCCCCCACACCAAAACCCACCCCACCCCCCCCCCCCACCCCAAACCACACCAAAACCCACCCCACCACCCCCCACCACCACCCCCACCCCACCCACACCCCCACACCCACCACCCCCACCCCCACCCCACCGCAAACCACCCCCCCCCACCCACACACCCCCCCCCCCACCCCCCACCCACCCACCCCACAGAACCAACAACACCACACACCACCCACACCCCCCCCACCCCCCCACCCCACCACCCCCCCCACCCCCCCCCAACCCCCCCCCACCCCCACCCCCCAAAACACCCCCACACCCUACCCCCACCACCCCCCCCACCCAAACACCACCCCCACCCCCCCACCCCACCCACCCCCCCCCAACAACACCCCCACCCCCCCACCCCCCACCCCAC